AUGCCACUCCUUCCAGUUGAUUCAGAAGUUGAGAGUUCGGUGCUCUACCGGCAGUUGCGGCAAAAGCCCCCAACGGUCGUCGGAGGGGAAGGCACCUACCUGAUCACCAGUGAAGGUGCCAGAGUCUUCGAUGCCACGAGUGGUGCUGCCGUCUCUUGCAUUGGUCACAGCGAUGAGCGCGUGAAAAAAGCAAUUGUGGCCCAGUUGGAAAAGAUCCCAUACUGCUAUUCGCUUUACUUCACGAACGAUGCUGCGGAGAGGCUUUCCACAUAUCUCUCUCAGUCCACAGGGGGACAGAUGAGCCGGGCUUUUAUUGUGAGCUCUGGAACUGAAGCCAUUGAAGCUUCCAUGAAAAUGGCUUUGCAAUUCUUCCGUGAGAAGCCCACACCCGAGAUUCAGAGGACUCGUUUUAUCUCGAGAAAGUCUUCCUACCACGGAAACACCCUGGGGGCACUUGCAUUGGGCCACCACGCGGCUCGCCGGGCACCUUAUGAGCGUAUUCUUGCUCCAAACGUCUAUUUCGUCUCUCAAUGCUAUCCUUACCGUGAUAUGAAAUUGGGAGAAUCCAUCGAGUCUUACGUCGAUCGUCUUGCACAAGAGCUAGAGCAAAAGUUCCAAGAGCUGGGCCCGGACACGGUGUGUGCCUUUGCUGCUGAAACGAUGGCUGGAUCGACUCUGGGGUGUGUCCCACCUCUUCCCGGCUAUCUGAAGGCUAUGAAAGCUGUCUGCGAUCGUCACGGGGCGCUCUUUAUUCUUGACGAAGUCAUGUCCGGAAUGGGACGCACAGGAACACUUCAUGCCUGGGAGCAAGAAGACGUUGUACCUGAUCUGCAGACCAUUGCAAAGGGACUAGGUGCUGGUUAUUCUCCUAUUGGCGCUCUACUCGUGAACCAGCGCGUGGUAGACACUCUGUCUAAGGGAACUGGUGCAUUUGUUCAUAGCCAGACCUACCAAGGCCAUCCCAUCGCAUGCGCAGCGGCCGAGAAGGUCCAAGAGAUUAUUCAGUCUGAUGGCCUUCUAGCUAAUGUCCGUGAGAUGGGUGAAUAUCUAGGCAGUCUGCUGAAGUCCCGUCUGUCCCAACAUCCAAAUGUCGGUGAUAUUCGUGGGCGAGGAUUGUUCUGGGCUAUGGAAUUUGUCGAAGACAAAGAAUCCAAAAAAUGUUUCCCACCUUCGAAACAGCUUGCUUGGUUGCUUCACACGACUGGACUGAAGUCUGCCCACAAUAUCUCCUUGAUGCCCGGUAAUGGCGGGGCUGAUGGUAAGAAUGGUGAUCAUAUCAUUUUGUCCCCGCCAUAUAUUAUCACCAAGUCCGACGUGGAACUGAUUGUUGAACGAACGGCUGGUGUAAUUGAGGAAGUUUUGGGCUAA